CUUCUAGUCGAAUGUCUUUGGUAGUGCACCAGAACGGCACCAGCGUCCCCUAUGCCUUACGCUUGAAUGGUCACAAAGGAGCUGUGCUCGCAAAUAGAUUUAACGAAGACGGGACGCUUGUGGCUUCGGGGGGAGUUGAUCGAAAUUUGAUCGUUUGGAAGAUCCCAGAUUCGCCAGAACUGAUCAAAGAAGAGCUGCCCUACGAUUACAAUGUGGCCAAUAUAACCAAAUCAGCCAUCACAUCUAUAAGAUGGUCUCACCUCAACGAAAACCAUCUACUUGUGGCUUCUGCUGACUCCACCGCAACAGUGUUUGAUAUCACCAAAAAUCAGAAAAUUAAGACGUUUUACCAUAAAAUGUGCAUCAAUGAAAUAUCCAAUUCCGAUAACGACAUGCUUGUGACAUGUUCGGAUGACGGAUCUGUGAAGUUGUGGGACUCACGGUCGAGAUUUGAAAUUGAUACCGUCCAACACAAAUAUCCUCUUCUUACAGCAACAAUAGAUUCCAAAGACCAGAGGUUCUAUUUCGCAGGAAUUGACCCAACAGUGUUCUGCUACGAUGCGCGCAAAAGGAGUAUGCUCCUCUGGGAGGAGUGCAAUCAAACGAAUAACGUGACCUCGCUAGCGUUGUCUCCAGACGAGUCCUACCUUGUGUCCAAAUCUGUCGACAACACAAUCAAAUAUUACGACUCAAGGCUAUAUACAAAGGGACUUCGGGCGCGGCCGUACGUUUUCGACGGGGCUAAGGCUUCUACAGACGACUUUCUGACACGUUUGAAAGCAGUAAAGAAGUCUGACGGCAAAGAAUAUAUCAUCAGUGGAUCCAAUGAUGCUCAUAUUAAAGAGUAG